AUGUCAGCCGAACAGGAUUCGGACGUCUACGACUUUGAAAGGGAUUUCUUACUACCUUCCAGAUCGCCCUUACUAGAGGUGGCUCGACCGAACCUGAAACCCGAGCCGAGUCCUCCUAGGCAGCUGGUCCCUUUCUAUCCCUCCUCCUCCUGUUCUUCUGAAGAUGAAGACGCCUCCAAUGGUCGUGGUUCUACGAGGAGGCGGCGCAAUCCCAAGGGUCGAGCCACUCCUACCCUGGGUGAUGGUGUACUGAUGAGCUAUUUAGGUCCUAACUAUCCGAUAGUAGCGGGCACUGCCGAGAGACAUGCCUUAGCCUCCGCAAGCCAGUCCGAGGCGGAAGAAGAGUCUGUUCUUGAAGUUGAACAAGAGCUGAGAGAAGACCACGAUGAUGAAUUCUCGGCGGCACGGCCGGCUGCACCGAAGGCGUUUAACCGUACUUUCCGGGGCAUUGUCGUUACAGCUGCACAGAUCAAGUCGGACAAGCAUGACGAUUUUCCCAUGAUUGAUUCGCCUAUGAGCGUAACCACUGAUGAUCAAGUGCGCUCGCCGGCCGCCCGGCCUCAGAAUGGAUCUGACGACGGUUGGAUAGUCAGGCAACUGCCUGGCAGACCAAGCUCUCGGCAAGAGAUGUCGACAAGAUCCUGGCAUAUGGAACUGCCUCGCUUGUCCCCACCACGUCGACAGCCGUUUCCGGAAGCUGCAGGAGGAGAAGAGGAAUCGAUCGCCUCAUCACCAACCAUUGGCCGAUAUGCAAUAACACCUCGAGACAUCGACCCAGAUGUGAUUCUCCCUGCCAUGCACAGGUCUUCCCCUCGGCUGUCUCCAGCAGGCUCACCGCAACAGAAACCGAUAUUGCCCCCUCUCAGUUUAGCGAUAGGCAAUAUCCAAGAAGUUGGACCAGGUGGACGUGCAGCCAUGUUUCCUGUCGUCGGUCGACCCUCACCCAUUCCGAUACACCACUCUCAACCGUCACCCUGCUGGCAGUCUCCUCAAUCUGUGAUGUCGCCUCCCGGCCUGCCCUUCACUUUCGCUUCUCAAAGUUCCACUCAAGGCAGAUCUCGAUCCAUAGCGUCGGAGAUCACCUCUGUCACCUCUGUCACGUCAGCGACUGUCUCGACCCCAGCCACGUCGGAGACCAUGGCGGCUUCAGUUCCCUCGAGCAUCGCUUCGCCUCCAAAGCUGCGUAAGCGAAGAAGAGGCAAGAAUUCCCAGCAGCAAAGUGUAAGCUCGCAAUCAACAAGCAAGGAGAAGCAGGCUAUGGAUUCUGGAACUACGAUCAAGCCGAGUCUACCCGAGACGACCACAUCUCUGGUUCCGGUAUCGAGUAACACAGCAGAUUCCGCACCUGUCCGGCCAGCGAAUUAUGAAUGCACAGUCGCGGGCUGCACCGCCGCUCCUUUCCACACACUGUAUCUACUGAAUAGUCACAUGAACGUCCAUUCAGAAAAGAGGACUCACUUCUGUUCCGUGAAGGGCUGUCCGCGAGGUCCAGGUGACACGCCUUGGUUCACGCCCCACCGAUAUAUGUCUGCCCGUUCUGCCCUGAUCAACAGCACAAAUAUCCUCGGCCUGAUAACCUGCAACGGCACGUUCGUGCACAUCACAAAGACCGUGAUCGCAAUGAUCCCGAACUUCUAG